AUGCUCGACUUCCUGUGUGUGGAGGGAGUACGUGCGGAGGGGAGCACAGGGACGCAGGACCUACAUUCCACAGGGAGAGCACAGGGACGCAGGACCUACAUUCCACAGGGAGAGCACAGGGACGCAGGACCUACAUUCCACAGGGAGAGCAAAGGGACGCAGGACCUACAUUCCACAGGGAGAGCACAGGGACGCGGAACCUACAUUCCACAGGGAGAGCACAGGGACGCAGGACCUACAUUCCACAGGGAGAGCACAGGGACGCAGGACCUACAUUCCACAGGGAGAGCACAGGGACGCAGGACCUACAUUCCACAGACGAAAAACCCGAGCGUUGGACUUGUGUGGAGUCGUCUGAAGGGCCCUGAGUGA